AUGUCUGUUCAUGCGACCUUGGGCUUUCUGCCAGACGAGAAGCUCUUCAGGGAGGAAAGACCGUAUUGCCUCAAGUUUGAAGCUCCCAAAGGGUUGCGUAGAACAAAUAUUCAGGCAGAGCACCGGCGGCAAAUCAUUGAAGAUAUCCGCGGUCGCGAGAAGGAUUUCAACCUCGACAAGAAUGGUUUCGCAUUGGUACCUUUCCACACUAAAAUGGCCUAUGAAGACUUUGAGAAUGAGGACAAGAUAGUGACGGUAUAUAUGACAGAGGUGGCUGCUGUAAUACAGCAGCUGGUUGGCGCAUUUCGCGUUCAGAUCUUUGAAUAUAUUCGUAAACAGCACCAAACUUUUCCAAUCGCAACCGGAGAGGCUUAUGAGCAUAAUCAGCCCACAACAAUGGUUCACAUUGAUAUAAGCAAAGACUGGGCAAGACGACUAGCAGAAGGACUGAAUCACAAAAUCGACAUGCAUGACCUGCCCUCUCAGAAUUAUAGGUUUUACAAUCUCUGGAGACCAAUAAGGGGACCCGUCAAGGACUGGCCACUUGCAUUGUGCGAUAAUUCAAAUUUGAAUGUCCACGAAAUCGAAAUUGGCGACGUUGUGUUUGAAGACUUCACCAUCAAUAAUGAAUACAUCCGCUUCAGCCCAGAGCAAAAGUGGCACUACGUUAGCGAUCAGCAAGCAUCCGAAGCAUGGGUUUUUGUUCAGGGAGAUGCGAAGCCGCACACCCGCCAUGGUAUUUCAACCUCAAUGACUGUAGUUGUCUUUGGCUUACAUGCUAGGAAAGGAGUUCCUCAUUCGUCAUUUCAACUGCGAGGCAAUAAUAACGACCAUGUGCCCAGGGAAACAAUCGAGAUCCGGGCUCUAGCUUACUUCGAAGAUGAUUCCCAACCGCUCUAA